AUGUGGUGUUUAACGUUUCUUUUUAUCAGCGCGGUGAUGGGAGGAGAAUCGGGUCCGGAGAUCGAAUACCCCGAGACUCCAAUUGAGUACUCACCUUUGCCUCGGGAAGAAGAGGCACCAUCGCCUCUUCCUGGCAUGCUGUAUCCCAGAGAGAGUGAAUCUAGAGAGGUGAAAUCUCUAGAUGGUAUGUGGGAUUUCGUGAUUUCUCCUACAGAAGACUCGCUAAAGGGUUACAAAGAAGCAUGGUUUGCUGAUGAACUAUCAAAGGUAGGGAAGGUGAUGCAAAUGCCUGUACCUUCGUCAUACAACGACAUCACAACCUCCAGAGACCUCAGAGAUCAUGUGGGAGCAGUUUGGUAUCAUCGAACCUUCUUCGUGCCUCCAUCUUGGCGAGAACAAAGGGUCUUUGUUAGAUUUGGCUCUGUCAACUAUCUCGCCCAAGUGUGGGUUAAUGGCGGAUUAGUUACCAACCAUGAAAUGGGUCAUCUUCCAUUUGAAGCUGAAAUAUCUUCCUAUUUAGUUUAUGGCGGGAAAAAUCGGAUAACUGUCGUAGUCGAUAAUACUUUGCUCCAGACUAGCGUGCCACAAGGGAAAAUUAUGGAUCUCGCAGUCGAUAAUGGAACAAUACACACGCAGACUUACACUUUCGACUUUUUCAACUAUGCCGGCAUACACAGGCCUGUUUUACUGCAUACAAAACCACGCGUCUAUAUCGAAGAUAUCACUGUGAGGACAGGUGUAAUCGGUGAUACCGGUAUUGUAAAGUACAUAAUUCAACCAGCAGGCUUGCACGAGAAUGAAGUUCCUAUCUGUAGGGUGACCUUGACCGAUGCGGAGGAUAUUUUAGCCGUGAAGGAGCCUGUUUACGGAUUUUCCGGUACCCUGCAUGUACCGUACCCCAAUCUCUGGUGGCCUAGGGGUAUGAGCUCUGAACCCGGAUACCUUUACACCUUGAAGGUUUCAUUAUCAGUGGCAAAUGACAGCAAAGUAGACGUGUACAGGCUACCAAUUGGGAUCAGAACAUUAACCUGGACAAAUACGAGUUUGCUGCUGAACGAUAAGCCUGUGUACAUGCGUGGAUUCGGUAGACACGAAGAUUCGAUCCUCAGAGGGCGCGGUCUGGAUCUGGUCACCGUUGCUAGGGAUCAUGAGUUACUGCAAUGGAUCGGUGCUAACGCCUACAGAACUAGCCAUUACCCCUACAGCGACGAAGUGCUCGAUAUCACUGACCGGUUAGGCUUCCUCAUAAUCGACGAAUGCCCCUCGGUGGACACCGAAAAUUUUUCGCCGAUCCUCCUGUCCCGACACAAAGAUUCGUUAUCAGAACUCAUCAGAAGAGAUAAAAAUCGACCUUCCGUAAUCAUGUGGUCUCUCGCUAAUGAACCCAGGACGCAACUACCGGAAGCUGGUGAAUACUUCAAACAAGUUGCUCAUCAUACGAAAGCACUCGAUCCUACCAGGCCAGUUACUAUUGCCAUAGCUCGAGCAGUGCAGGAAGAUAAAGCUGGCGAAUACCUUGAUGUAAUUAGCUUUAAUCGUUAUAAUGCUUGGUACAAUAACCCAGGGCGACUCGAUACAAUAACGAGCAGAGUGAUAGGAGAGGCUGAAGCGUGGCAUAGAAAAUAUAAUAAGCCUGUACUUAUGUCCGAGUAUGGAGCUGAUACUAUACCUGGAUUACACGAAUUGCCUGAAUAUAUAUGGAGUGAAGAAUAUCAGACAGAAUUAUUAUCUAAACAUUUUAAAGCAUUCGACCAAUUAAGAAAUGAGGGAUUUUUUAUUGGUGAAUUUAUUUGGAAUUUCGCUGAUUUUCGAACAGCUCAAACAUUCAUCAGGGUAGGUGGCAACAAAAAGGGUGUAUUUACAAGAGACAGACAACCAAAAAUGGCGGCUUAUCAUGUUCGAAAGAGAUAUUAUUUUCUUCAGAAGGAAUUGGAUGGAACAGAAAUACCGACAGAUCUCGAAAACUACAUUUCGCAUUACUCUUUUCAUUCAAAGCUUUAAUAUCGUCUUUUAAUAUUUUGCUAUUUUUGUUAAUCACUUU